AUGUAUCGCUGGGAAGAGGAUGAGGUCUCUGGACCAUUAUUGCGUAAGUUAUUGGGUACAGAUGACUAUUCUACAUGGGGAACACGUGCAUUUCUUCGUCCAAUCUUUCGAUGGACGAAGAUUGGUCUACACAAGGAUGGAAGUCGUGAGAAUGAAGCCAUAGAGCGCGCGUUUGCUUUUGUAGAGUGGCUCGUGCAAUUAGCGACUGAAGGUGACAAGACCCGCAAUAUUCCGAGACUAAUAGCACUUCAACCAAGUUAUGCUCUUAAUACAAUUGUUACAGCUAGUCAGCGUGCUGGUAGUGUCCAAGAAGCUCAGAGAGCAUUCGAGUUGCUGGAGAGAUACGGCUAUCAGCCCGAUGUGUUUACGUAUACUGCUUUAAUCGACGUUAUGGCAAGAAAUGGAGACUUUAUGGGUGCUUUUAAGAAAUACGAGGAGAUGCGGCUGUCGACGUCCAAGCCAAAUAUUGUAACUUAUACCACAUUAAUUCGUGCAGUUGGACUGAGUGAAAGUGUUGAGGUGGAAAAUUGUCUGGUAUUUCUAGCUCAUGCGCGGGAAGAUGACGCUUUUGAUGAGGCAUUGUUUUUGGAGGCGUUGGAAACUUGUGCGAGGAGAAAAGAUCGAGCUACAGCAACUCGAGUGCUAAAUGAGAUUAAAGCGCACUCACCAAAACUCCGUAUAGAUGAUCGCUUCUUCUACACACUGGGUCAGGUAGCUGGAUUGUUAGAUUACGCUGGUUUGGAACCUGUGCUCACUGAGUGGGUUGAGAGAAACAUACUGAACUCAGAAGAGCGAGGUAAAGUUGUAAAGUUGCAACAGCAAGCGGGGAUAUCUACGACUGCUCAAGGAUUAAAGGCGCUCGGCUGUCUGGGACAUCAAACAUCUCAAUCGGUUAGAAAAGCGGUGGUCCAUCAUGAUAUUAAUCGACUGAUUUCGCGCAUUCAGAGCGGGUCCAUUGUAAAUGUAAACGAUUUUGAGACACUUAUCCAUCAAUGUAGAAAGCGAAAGUGGAAAGACGACGUAUCGGUCAUUGUCGAUGCUAUGCGUGAUCUUGCAACAAAAGGCUGGCAGCUUGUUAGAGACGAUGAAGGCACUGCCGACGUCGAAUUAAUUCCUCCUCAACCACAACUACAGCCUACUUCUAAGACGUAUGUUGCCAUUGUUGAUGCGUACAUGUGCUGCGGCGAUGAGCCCCUAGGUUGGCAAGUUGUACAGGAAAUUGAAAACCUACCAAAUAUCACGCGAGAAUAUUCGCUGUACCGCAAAUUUGUCCGCGGAGCGUACUUACUAACAAACUGUGACCACAUUGCCGAUCUGAUUGCAUUAGCGCAUGAGGAUAAGAUUGUGUUCACCCAACGGAUGGGUGUUGAAGUAGCUCGUAUGUUCGGACGCCGCCAUGAAGAAGGCUUUAACAUUUUGGCGUAUAAAUUGCCUGUUGCCGAGCCUGGGGAAACAACAAAAAGGCAAGUGCUUAUUGAGGAAUUGGUGAAGUCUUGUGCGUAUAAGAAUAACGCUUUUGGAGCCGAGCAAACACUGCGGGCUAUGCUUAAGCACGGAUUUCAGCGUUCCGCUGCCACCGAAAUUGCACUUUUCAUGUGCUGUAUUCAACAUGACACGGUUUCAGAGGCUCAAACGAUGUUGCAACAUUUUCAAGAAACGUCACUGAUGAUGCCAGUGCCAGUGUACGACUCACUGCUUCGUGAGUUCUACUUCAAAUACACGCGUCGUGGUAACAUAUUUGAUGAAUCGUCACGAAAAGUUGCGAUGAAGACUCUGUACGCACGCCGUGCAAUCUUUGAGCUUGUUUCUAAAGACCGCAAGACUCUAGAAGCUGAAAAAGGCGAUGGAAACGACGGUUUGAUUAAUGUGUCAGGCCAAAACUCGGCGUGCUUUCGAUAUUGGUGUUCGAGAGCAAGCUUGUCGUGCUCUCCUUUGAUGUUUGCUCAGCAUGCAGUGCAGGUUCUCACCACUAGCCGAGACAAAGACUCAAAGAAUGCAGCCGAGCAAUUAAUUCGGGACGCGCUUAUGACCACUUCAGAUCCAUGUCUCUUUCUAUUGCAGUCGGUCGUUGCACUACGCUUUUUGGAUUUGACUUUCCGGACGCUAGGUAAGCUGGCAAAGCAGUUGCUUGAAGUGGUAACAGACGAGCUACCAAUGGCAGAACGGCAUGCACAGUAUUGCGUCAGCCAGUUGUCUGUGCUGUCUGUGCAUGUUGUGAAGGAACUAGAUGACGUCGUAUUUCUGCAUCGGACGCAUCGAGCUGACCUGUUAGCAUUCUGCCAAGAUGCUCUUGAAAUUACUAGCGUCGACAAGACGAUGGGUUUCUUAAUGCGUCGGCCGGAAUUGUACGACGCGGAGACGGCAUCAUACCUCGGACCAAAAUUUGCCGAAAUAUUUGUUUUUGGCAGAGUGUGCAAUGUGCUGACGUUUUUCAAGUCGGCCACAAAGGAUGCGUUAGAAAUGCGUCGCCAAUUUGUGCGAGACGUGAUUGAGGUGGAAAAUGUGGCUGCGGAAGAUGAAGGAGAAGACGGAAAAUCAUCUGCCUUCAGUUGUACGUACAAGGCUAUCCGAGAGUUUAAGUUGGAGCACGAGGCUGAAUUCAUACCAUGUAUUAUGCAGGCACGCGCAGCAAUGCCAACGCCCGUGUACGCUGACGCUUUUGCCACUCCCGUCGAUGCUACUUCGUAUUUACAAAUUCCACUUGCUCCUGAGCAUAUUGUAGUGGUUGAUAGCGAUGAGACGUUAUCAUUAGCCACCGAUCUGCUGAUGCGAGAUAGCGUGACUCGCUUGGGACUUGAUGCAGAGUGGCGUCCCGAUAGCCGAGCUACGAUGCCGUCACAAUGCUCAAUUUUGCAAGUCGCAUGCGACGACUACGUAUUCAUAUUUGAUUUGACAUUGAUGUCACUUGGUGACUUGGAAGAGCUGUUUGAACACUUGUUCUCGUCGGCCAAAAUUGCGAAACUCGGUUAUGCCAUUGAUGAUGACAUUAAACGUCUACGUUGGUCAUUUCCACAAGUAAAAUGCUUUGACACGUUUGUCAAUGUGCUGGAUUUUUCGGUUGACAAACUUGAAGCGACGACGCAUUUGGUCGACGGAUCGAUCACUCGUCAAACUCGGGAAAACGAGAGUUUUGUAUCUAAACAAGUGCUAUGUCGCCACCGUAAGCGCAAAGGACUCAGUGCCUACAUCAAGCAGGCACUGGGACAACCAUUGUCAAAGUUGCAGCAAAAGAGCGAUUGGGAACGACGCCCAUUGACGUCACAACAAGUAGCAUAUGCUGCAUUGGAUGCAUUUUGUCUCCUAUUGCUACAAGAUGCUCUUCUGUAA